AUGGCGUGUGUGAGCCCCCGCUCCUCCCUACGACUCACCCUGCUGUGCAGUGCCCUGGCUCUCCUGCUCUCCUGCCAGCGCACAGCCGCCUGGUACAAGCAGUCUACCGGCCCCAGCUACUACUCCGUCGGCAGGGCGUCCGGGCUGCUCUCCGGAAUCCGAAGGUCGCCCGACAUACGCCGAUCCGAGCCCGAGAACGCAGCGGAGAGCGCCGACAGCGCAGACGACAGCUUCCUGAACGCCUUCGGGAGCCAGCGGCAGCAGGCACUGUGUGUGAAAGACGUCUCUCCGAACCUGCACAGCUGUGAGCUCAUCCCGGACACAUCCAGCACCUUCCAGUGCAAAGCCCAGAUCUAUCUAUCACUGGACAGCACGGACUGUCUCACCCCAUAA